CCUCGUUCGUUCUGGUGAGCCUCGAAACCACCAUGGAGGCCAGAUCUACAUCUCAGCCUAACGAGAAUGCUGCUGUGACAGCAGACUCCAACCCUAGGAAGCGAGCAUACCCCUCUGACGAUCGCCCUCCACGUGCUCCUGGCUCGAUCAACUACCCCAAGAAGCGGGUUUCUGUCGCUUGCGAGCUAUGUCGGUCGCGGAAGACCCGUUGCGAUGCAAAAAGACCCUCCUGUUCGUUCUGUUGGCAAAUGGGCAUUGAGUGCAAUUACAGAAGAACCGUGGUCACGAAUCCCCCCGCCCCAAGGGUCUCCGCCAGCUAUGAACCUCAAAAUGAGAACGUCAACAACGACCACUGGCAGACUGUCAUUGCACGCCUGGACCGCAUCGAAACUCUCCUGGAGAAAAGUAGCAGCCAGUGGGUUGGACUUCUCGGGGUAGAGAGCCCUGCUGACCCUAGUAUACCGCCUCUGGAUUUGGCCACUCCUCUUUCAGCCAGUCAUGUCCCAGCCGGCAGGGUAAGACAUGGCCACCAACAGAACGGAUCGUCGCUGGUCGGUUUGACGCUGUCAGGUUUAUCCCGGCUCGUCGGCCAGCAAUGUCCUCCGCCACUAUACCCGCUGGCUGACGACGAUGACGAUGAGGCAUUCCUGGAGCGUCAAGCAUCUCCGGGCGAGGGUCUCUGUCGGAAUAGCCACCUGACCAUUUCUGACCUGUCAGUCUCGACGAGGUCGUUCUGGCGACUGCAGAACUCGUUCGCCCGCGACGUGCUGCCGUGGUGCCCACUCUUUGACCAAAAGUAUUGCGUUGACAUCACCACUCGAAUCUACGAAGGGCAAUUCCCAGACAAGAGUCUAGAAACCUGCUUGACGCUCUUCGUCCUCGCAUUAGGAGCCCUUACACGGUCCGAGCAUCUUACCGACGAUGUCCAAGUCACCGCCGGCAUCCCGGGCCUCGACUAUUUCCAGGUGGCGUCGAAUAUUCUCGGCUGCGAUCGGUCGUCGAGAUACGGCAUUCUUUCGAUCCAAUGUCGGAUCCUAAUGGGAUUAUACUGCCUGUACUGUCUACGUCCCGUGCAGGCAUUCGAUGCCAUCCACGAGGCCUCCCUAGGUGUCCUAGCACUGGUCCAAUGCAAGAGACGGCUGGAGGCCGAUACCGAGCUCCAACGCAUGUCCCACCGCGCCUACUGGGCCUGCUUCUUGCUCGAGCACGAACUCCAGGCCUACGUGUCGUACAGCGCGUGCCUCUUGCAGUCGCACCACGACUUUGUGCCGUUGCCGCUCAGCGACCAUGACGAGCUGGGCAUGUACUGGUUUUUGGCCGAGGUGGCGUUCCGGCGCAUCCUGUCCAACCCGCACGCGGGCAUCGGCUGGAAUGCCAACACGCUCCACGCCCCCGUCGUGGUCGAGGAGAUCAUCUCACAGAUCGGUCUGUGGUACUCACACCUGCCGAACCAAGUAAAAUUCCCUCUAGGUUUGUCCCCCAUCCUGGACCCGCACAAGAGCUUCCUCCGCGGUCAGUACUACUCCAUCAACUGCGUCUUGAGCUGGUCGCACGUGGUUCGCAUCCUCACGAGCCAGGCCCACGACGAGCAGGAGAGGCAAAGAGAUCUGCAGGCCGCCAGGCGGUCAUUGGAAUUUUCGGUCCUGGCCAUCUUCUCGGUGGAAUCGCUGGUGCAGGAGCGACAUUUGUUACUCUUGGCCAACUUAUUCGGGCUCUAUACGCAGGUCAUGCUCCUUUUGUGCACCUACAACGAACCCGCACUAGCGGCAAUCCAGCAACCGUCACAGCUCGAAGCCAUCAGAAAGGGCCGCAGCUUGCUCGCCAUAUGGAGCACGAGUGCCGAAAUCGCGAGCUACGUCGACAAGAUUGACACCACCAUGACGGCCAAGGGGAUCCCUGUCUACGACGAAGAACGUACUCAUGACAGUAUCAGCCCGAGUCUAACGACGCAUCCAGGUCUGAUCCGCACGGGGUCGACAUCUCACGGCAGCCAUGGGCCAGGUUCGACGGCGGCGGCGGCGGCGGCGGGAUGGUAUUCCAAUCAACAAUGAACAAUGUACUGUGCAAAACUCGUAGGAUGAAACGUCCACACUCGUAGGAUGAAAUACACGAGAAUCGUCUACAGUUUUUACAUUUGAGGAGUGUCUCAUAUUCUCGCAGAAGAUCUCACAGAAGAAUUUGUUUUCAUUCUCCUAUCCAAUAGAACAGUUUUGCCUUUCUAGGUACUUUGUCACUGAUCAGAGGCUAUUCUAUUCUAAAUUCUUAGCGGU